AUGGGGAGCACAUGGCGCCCCAUGCCAUCUCAGCCAUGUUGUGCUGAUCUACUUUUCCCCUUUCAGAUCCAAACAUCCUCUCUCAGUCUCUCGCUCCCCCUCCCGCGCUCAUCCUCUUUCUCCUCCGGCGAGUUGUUCGGCCACCGGCGAAGCUGUCCGUACGUCGCUCCUGUCUCUCUCACUCCGGCGCAGGGUUCCGUCUCUGUCUCUCUCACUCCGGCGACGUCUUCGGCCACCGAGUACUCCAAGAAGCACGUCGAGGCCCCAAAAGCAGCUGCCGCGUCCGAAGAACGCUCCACCUCCUUCGACGACGACCUCAAGGCCUGGGACGCCGAGUUCGUCAAGGUCGACCAGGCCACCCUCUUCGAUCUCAUCCUAGCUGCAAACUAUCUGAACAUCAAGAGCUUGUUGGAUUUGACUUGCCAGACAGUGGCUGACAUGAUCAAGGGCAAAACUCCUGAGGAAAUCCACAAGACAUUCAACAUUAAGAAUGACUUCACACUAGAGGAAGAUGAGGAGGUUCGCAGGGAGAAUCAAUGGGCCUUUGAGUGAAGAUCCAAAAUAAAGCACAUCUGUUUUUUUGUGGCUUAUGUUUCUCUUUUGUGCUGCCAAAAGGGGAUGUUGUUUCUACCUAUCUAAGACUUCUUAAGAUAUUAACUUACUAUUCUGGCUGUUACUAUUGUAGACAAUGGUUGUUUUGCUCAAACCUUGGCCCCACUUCCCUCCCUCUCCAUUUAUUUUUCCCAUGAUGUUCAAUGGAUCUUUUUUUUUCUAUGUUAA